CCACACCUCACAGCAUCAUCAGUUCACUCUCCUUCGUCCUCUUCUCGGUUAUCCCACCAACUCCCCAAUCUCACCCCAAUUCCCCAAUCUCACCCCAAUUCACCAAAUAUCCCAUUUUCAUCCCAGAACAAUCCGCCAAAGAUUGCCGAUUGGGGCCUCGGCAAUGGCCGCCCGAGCCGCCGCGCUGCUUGCCGCCAUCCUCCUGGGGGCCCUCGGCGCCGCGCGGCGGGCCGACACGGCGAUCGGGGUGAACUGGGGCACCGUCUCGUCCCACCGCGCGCCGCCGGGCGUGGUGGUGGACCUGAUGCGCGCGAACCGGAUCAGCAAGGUCAAGCUCUUCGACGCCGACCCGGGUGUGCUGCGCGCGCUCGCCGGCAGCGGCAUACAGGUCAUGGUCGGCGUCACCAACGGCGAGCUCGCAAGCAUUGCGGGGUCGCAGGUGGCCGCCGACGCCUGGGUCUCGCAGAACGUGUCGCGGUACGUCGGUCGCGGCGGCGUGGACAUCCGAUAUAUUGCUGUGGGCAAUGAGCCUUUCCUGACAAGCUACCAGGGUCAAUUUGAAUCAUAUAUCAUUCCAGCAAUGACAAAUAUUCAGCAAUCACUGGUGAAAGCUAAUCUUGCUAGUUACGUAAAGCUAGUAGUACCCUGCAAUGCAGAUGCGUAUGAGAGUGCUUCUGUUCCAUCCCAAGGAGUAUUCAGGGCUGAAUUGACUCAGAUAAUGACCCAGUUGGCUGCUUUUCUGAGUUCUAGCGGGGCUCCAUUCGUCGUCAAUAUCUACCCGUUCCUCAGUCUUUAUCAAAAUUCGGAUUUCCCACAAGAUUAUGCAUUCUUUGAGGGAUCUACUCACCCACUAGUAGAUGGACCGAAUGUGUAUUACAAUGCAUUUGACGGGAACUUUGACACAUUAGUUUCUGCACUUGGUAAAAUCGGCUAUGGAAACUUACCGAUCGCAAUUGGUGAGAUAGGUUGGCCAACUGAGGGAGCACCAAGUGCAAACUUAACUGCAGCCAGGGCAUUCAAUCAAGGGCUUAUCAAUCGUAUUACAAGCAACAAGGGAACUCCACUCCGACCUGGUGUCCCUCCAGCUGAUGUCUAUCUUUUCAGCCUCCUCGAUGAGGAGCAGAAGAGCAUACUGCCAGGAAAUUUUGAGCGACAUUGGGGGAUCUUCUCCUUUGACGGACAAGCGAAGUACCCACUGAAUCUUGGGCUGGGCAAUUCUGUAUUGAAGAAUGCUAAAGGGGUUCCUUACCUUCCAUCACGGUGGUGUGUGGCAAAUCCUGCUCGAAAUCUCGACAGCGUUUCUGAUCACAUGAAGCUUGCUUGCAGCAUGGCUGAUUGCACCACUCUGUACUAUGGAGGUUCAUGCUACGGCAUUGGGCAGAAGGGCAACAUUUCAUAUGCUUUCAACAGCUACUAUCAGCAGCAGAAACAGGACCCGAAGAGCUGUGAUUUUGGUGGGCUUGGUAUGAUAACCUACCUUGAUCCAUCGAUGGGCGAAUGCCGCUUUCUUGUUGGUGUUGAUGACAUUAAGAGUUCUUCAGCUGCCUCUUGCGGCACUGGAUGCUGUGGGGUCUGUUGUGGGCUGUGGGUGUUAGCUUUCUGGGUGUUCAUGUACCUUAGAAUGAUGGGUUUGGCCUAAUGCCAAACUGAUCUGCUGGGGAGUGAUGCUAGUGCCCAUGUUAGAUAGAUUGUAUUGUUGACUUCUAGAACUAGGGAAGAAAGGCACAGUCGCCAUAUAUGAUUACUAGAUUGUUGUGAGAUUAGGAAAGGACACGCUUGGGUCAUAUAUAUGAAAUUUAAUUUAUUGUUGAAAUACCCCCUUUGCAACUAUGAUCUAUGCUGGCCAUCAAUUUCAAGGACAAACUAAAGAUGCUGUCAACACCUCAAGAACCAAGAGAUGUUUUUUUUUCAUUGGCAGCAUGCAACAUACACCGUAUGUUCACAAAAGAGGUUAGUGGAACAACAUCCCAGUUUGAUUUUAUUUGAUAUCAUCAUAUUGUUCAUGAUCUACGAACAGGCCUCAGGAAGCCAAGAUGUUCUGUCAUCGUGCUGGAGGCGGCGGGGUGGGUGGGCAGCAGUUGUCGCCGCAGCAAUCGUGGCCGCAGGUCACCGUCGGCUGCUGUACCAGCCAGCAGCACUGGCACGCUGAAAUGAAAUGGAUCCAAGACCAGGAUUAGGAAAAGGCCAUGGGUUGAUGCCAACAUGCCAACAACAGAGGAACAUGGCUGAUGACCUAACUAACUGCAAGGCUGUCAGUUACUGUACUGAUAAGAAUAACUAAACAGCAUAUUGUUGGCAUGUCAAGGUUCCAGGAACACCAAGAAAUGAAUCUUGUAAUAGCGAACAAAGUAUUUUUCACGACUUACGCAGUGAGGCAGACACCGUUGUGAUGAA